UUGCAGUAUUGUGACAAACUGAAGUCAGACGUGUGUGUUGGACAGUCAUCGGUUCAUAACUUCACUUAACGUCUUGCUUAAAGCACUUUUUAAUCGAGUAAUUAAUAAAAUAAAACUAGAAAAUGAUCUCUCAACAGUUUGCCCUCAUCUUCCUAGGUGUUCUGUUUACUUUAUCAACUGAAUUACAUGCAUCCAGACAAAGAUAUGUCACCUGCGGAUCUGUAAUCAAGUUAAUAAACACAGAUCACCGCGUACGGUUGCAUUCCCAUGAUGUCAAAUAUGGCACUGGCAGUGGACAACAAUCAGUCACAGGUACAGAAAUCCAAGAAGAUGUUAACAGUUACUGGGCAGUCAAAGCAGCUUCUGGUCAGGUGUGCCCUAGAGGGGAAGCAAUCAAAUGUGGACAUAAGAUUAGACUAGAACACAGCUCAACAAAUAAAAAUCUGCACUCACAUCAUUUCUCUAGUCCACUCAGUGGACAUCAAGAAAUCAGCGCUUAUGGAGACAAUGGUGAAGGAGAUGUUGGAGAUAAUUGGGAAUUGAUAUGCUCAGGCGAAUUUUGGGAGAGAGACGACAGUGUCAUGCUGAAACACGUCGACACCGAUCAAUAUCUAGCUGCUACAGGAAGAACAUUCGGGCGGCCGAUCAACGGACAGAUGGAAAUCGCCGGUUUGCAUUCGACAAGCGGCGCGGUGCAUUGGCAAGCCAUGGAAGGCAUCUACCUACAUGCAUCUGAGAAUAUUAAGUCACAUUAUCAACCACAUCAUGAACUUUAACAUGAUUAAUAGAACUGUUUUGUUUUUACACUAAUUUGGUUUUAACUGCGCUAUAAACACACAACUACAAUGUGAUUCAAGAAUUUAUUUGUGUAAUUACUAUCGAAAUUUCUGUUUUGCGGCACAAGAAACGUGUGGGAUGUUGAAUUUUCACAAAAUAGUGUUUAUGUAUAUAUUAUUUCCCAAAGAAAAUAAAUUAAUUGGAAAAUUA